CUAAAAAUAAUAACCCACUUUCAUCGGCCUCCUUAGUUUCAUCCUGAUUCGUCUUCUCUAUUAUGAUUUGUACUUCGGCUUUAAAAGGCUUGAAUCCAACACACAUAGAAUUAGCAAAGAUGGAGAGUGAGCUACAAUGUUUCGGCAAAGAAGCCGGUGCACACAUCUGGGUCAUCGCAUUCCCAGCAUGCGGCCACAUUCUUCCUCUCGUGGACCUAACCCAUCAGCUUCUUCUUCGUGGCUUAACAGUGACAAUCUUGGUCACACCCAAAAACCUUUGCUAUCUAAAUCCUCUUCUCUCUUUGCACUCUCCCAAUGUUAAAACUCUAGUCUUCCCUUUUCCUCCUCACUCUCCUCUCCCUCCUGGAGUUGAGCAGAUGCAAGACCUGCCCAUAUCCUUUGUUCCUGACAUAGCAAACGCCUUGGGCAAACUCUAUGACCCUUUGUUUCAAUGGUUUCAAACCCACACAUCUCCUCCUGUUGCUAUUCUCUCCGAUAUAUUGCUCAGUUCUUGGACUACUAAGCUAGCUUCCCAUCUCAAUAUACCAAAUAUCAGUUUUAUUCCGUUCAAUGUAGCUGCAGUAUCUUUCUGGUUUGACAACCUAAACAAUAGUGGAUCCUUUUACAGAGAAGCAUUUACGGCAAGUAUACAAAGCCGGGGGCUUGUUUUUAACUCGUUUAAAGAGUUGGAAGGUGUAAAAUUGGAUAUGAUCAAGGAGAAGUUUACCCGAAAUGAUCGGGUUUGGGCCGUAGGGCCUUUGCUCCCUGUAAAAGCUGGGGACAAUGGCCUAAAUGAGAGAGGAGGACCGAGUUCAAUACCACAAGAUCAAGUAAUGGCAUGGCUAGAUUCUUGCAAACAGAACAAAUCGGUGGUCUACGUGGGAUUUGGGAGUCAGAUUACGUUGACCAAACAACAAAUGAAGGCAAUAGCCUCCGCCCUGGAAGAGAGUGGGGUUCGUUUCAUAUGGGCUGUCAAGGAUCCAAUGAAAAAUGUUGAAGUUGGCGGUGAUGAUCAAUCUAUAAUUCCCAACGGAUUCGAAGACCGAGUGGCAGGAAAAGGCCUUGUGAUCAAAGGGUGGGCGCCGCAAGUGGCGAUUCUCAGGCAUCGGGCCGUCGGUUCUUACUUGACUCAUUGCGGGUGGAACUCAGCACUCGAAGCGAUCCUUGCUGGAAUAUUGUUGCUUGCUUGGCCUAUGCAAGCUGACCACUUCCACAUCACCAAGCUGUUGGCAGAUGAAUUUGGGGUGGCUAUCCGAGUUUGCAAGGGCUUAAAGAGUAUCCCUGAUGCGACCAAACUAGCUCGGAUCUUUGUUGAUUCCACAAGCAUGACACAGCCAGAACGAAUUCGAGCCAUGGAAUUGAAGAAAAAUGCAUUGAAUGCCAUCAGAAAAGGUGGAACUUCCUACCAGGCUCUUGAUAAACUCGUAGAAGAAUUGUCGAGCAAUAAAAUUAAGAUAAAAAGAAAAAGAUCAUCCAUGUAA